CGCAAGAAACCCAGUUGUCGGGAAAGCUCUGCACUCAUUAGCAACGCAACACAGAGAAUGUAUGCACCCACUCGUCUGCCGGUCCCGAAUGACCCGGACGUCAUCCAGGCCUUCGAUAUGAUAAUAAUCUUUAAGUUCAUUCGUAAUCUGUAACCACGUCGGCCGGAACCCGGCGACAUAUUCUCAGCCUUUGCCAUCAAAAGUGGGAGCAGACUCCCAGGGAAGGAGCUGUCGAACGUCUUCUUCCACCAUAUCCACCGGUAGACCAUCCAUCAUCACCUCCCUGCUCUCGUGUCCAAAAUGCGGCUGUCGGCGGCGAGGACUGCGGCUGCGACUGCUAAUUCGGGUCUUCUGUCCGCGGCUGGCCCUCGGGGAGGCGAGCGCGGGAGAUCUUCUCAGGGCACACUCGACCUCACUUCUACGGGAAUCUCACCACGAGCACUUUCCAAUGCACCCGAUGGCUAUACGCCCGCUAAUGUCUCCUGUCCGGCUAAUCGACCGACCAUUCGGAGCGCUUCAACCCUGUCAGCGAACGAGACAGCAUGGCUCGAUGUACGGCGUCAGCAGACCGUUUCCGCAAUGAAAGACUUUUUCGGACAUAUCAACAUGAGCUCCUUUGAUGCUGUCUCGUACAUUAACAACCACGCCUCCAACAUCACCAACAUCCCGAACAUUGGCAUCGCCGUGUCGGGUGGUGGCUACAGAGCUUUAACUAAUGGCGCCGGUGCAAUCAAAGCAUUCGACAGUCGAACGGAGCACUCGACCGAGACCGGACACCUGGGUGGUCUUCUGCAGUCAGCCACAUACCUGUCCGGUCUUUCUGGAGGUGGCUGGCUUCUAGGAUCAAUCUACAUUAACAACUUCACCACCAUCUCGAACCUCCAAACCUACAAAGCAGGCGAAGUCUGGCAAUUCCAGAAUUCCAUCACCAAAGGACCAAAGACGAAUGGGCUGCAAGCCUGGGAUACAGCCGAGUACUACUAUGACCUGGCAAAGGUCGUUGCCGGGAAGAAAGAUGCUGGCUUCAACACCUCCUUCACCGACUACUGGGGUCGCGCACUCUCAUACCAACUCAUCAACGCGACCGACGGCGGCCCAAGCUACACGUGGUCCUCAAUCGCCUUGACCCAAGACUUCAAGGAUGGAAAAAUGCCCAUGCCCCUCCUGGUUGCCGAUGGCCGCAACCCAGGCGAGACCCUCAUCGGCAGCAACUCAACCGUCUACGAGUUCAACCCCUGGGAAUUUGGCAGUUUCGAUCCCUCCAUCUACGGAUUCGCUCCCCUCGAAUACCUCGGAUCCCACUUCGACAACGGCGCAAUCCCCUCCAGCAAGCCCUGCGUCCGGGGCUUCGACAACGCCGGAUUCAUCAUGGGCACCUCAUCCAGUCUCUUCAACCAAUUCAUCCUGAAACUCAACACCACCGACAUCCCCUCCACCCUCAAAAAAGUCCUCGCCAGCAUCCUCGCCGAACUCGGCGACCGCAACGACGACAUCGCCAUCUACUCCCCCAACCCCUUCUACAACUACCGCAACGCCACCAUCGACUACGAAAAAACCCCCGACCUCAACGUCGUCGACGGCGGCGAAGACAAACAAAACCUCCCCCUCCACCCCCUCAUCCAACCCACCCGCAACCUGGACGUCAUCUUCGCCGUCGACUCCUCCGCUAGCACUCCCAACAACUGGCCCAACGGCAGUCCCCUCGUCGCCACCUACGAACGCAGCCUCAACACCUCCGGCAUCGCCAACGGCACCGCCUUCCCCAGCAUCCCCGAUAAAAACACCUUCAUCAACCUCGGCCUUAACACCCACCCCACCUUCUUCGGCUGCAACAGCUCCAACAUCACCGGCCAUGCCCCCCUCGUCGUCUACCUCCCUAAUUACCCCUACACCACGUACUCCAAUAAAUCCACCUUCCAACUCACCUACGACAUCUCCGAGCGCGACGACAUGAUCACGAACGGCUAUAACGUCGUCACUAUGGCUAACGCCACUAGAGAUACUUACUCCGAUUGGCCCACUUGCGCGGGCUGCGCGAUUCUCAGUCGCUCGUUCGAUCGUACGAAUACCCCGGUCCCGGAUGUUUGUUCGCGGUGCUUUGAGAAGUAUUGUUGGGAUGGGACGCGGAAUAGUACGACGCCGGCGGCGUAUGAGCCGUCGAUUCUGCUGGCGAGUGCGAAGAGCGCGGGGAUGAAGAGCGCCGCGCCGGGAACCUGGACCAAUCCCAGCACAUCCGACCAAGAACGACCCUACAUACGUACUUGA